CAUAGCUGCACACCCUACCUGGGGCUUAGUAUAUAAGCUACUGCUGGAGAGCCAACCUCUGGUUCCUGAUCCCGAGGAGUCUGUCUCACCCACAAUGAUGUGGGCUCGACUCCUUCUAGGAACGUUGGCCCUGUUGCCAGCCAUUGCAGAAGAACUUCUCCCAAACUACCUGGUGACAUUACCAGCCCAGCUUAACUUCCCCUCCACUCAGAAGGUGUGUUUGGAUCUGAGCCCUGGGUACAGUGAUGUAAAAUUUACUAUUACUCUGGAGACCAAGGGCAAGACCCAGAAGUUGCUGGAACACUCUGGAUUGAAAAAGAGGAACUUACGUUGCAUCUCCUUUCUAGUACCACCUCCUGCUGGUGGCACAGAAGAAGUGGCCACAAUCCAGGUGUCAGCUGUUGGAAAGAACGUCAAGUUUGAGGAGAAGAAAAAGAUUCUAAUUCAGAGGCAGGGGAGUGGCACCUUCGUGCAGACUGACAAACCUGUCUACACCCCAGGGCAGCGAGUGUUUUUCCGCAUCGUCACCAUGAACAGCGACUUUGUCCCAGUCAAUGACAAGUAUUCCCUGGUGGAACUAGAGGAUCCAAAUAGCAACAGGAUUGCACAGUGGCUGGAAGUGUCACCCAAGCAAGGCAUUGUAGACCUGUCUUUCCAACUGGCACCAGAGGCCACGCUGGGCACCUACACAGUGGCAGUGGCUAAGGGCAGGACCUUUGGCACUUUCAGCGUGGAGGAAUAUGUGCUGCCUAAGUUUAAAGUGGAAGUGGUGGAACCCACGCAGUUAUCAACGGUGCAGGAAUCGUUCUUAGUAAAAAUUUGUUGUAGAUACACCUACGGAAAGCCAGUGCUGGGGGCAGUGCAGGUAUCAGCCUGUCAGAAGGCAUAUACUUACUGGAACCGAGAGAGGGGACUAGAACAGCUCCCUGACCAGUGCAGGAACCUGUCUGGACAGACUGACAAAACAGGCUGUUUCUCAGCCUCCGUGGAGAUGGCCACCUUUAACCUCACCGGAUAUAUGUACAACCACAACAUCAAUAUUGUGGCGACUGUGGUGGAGAAAGGGACAGGAGUGGAGGCUAAUACCACUCAGCAUGUUUACAUUUCUUCACAAGUGGGAUCAAUGACCUUUGAAGACACCAAUGAUUUUUAUUACCCCAAUUUCCCCUUCAGAGGGAAGAUAAGAGUUAAGGGCCACGAUGACUCCCUCCUGAAGAACCACCCUGUGUUUUUGGUGAUUCAAAGCAUAAAUGGAACCAUCAACCAGACCCUCAUGACUGACGACAAUGGCCUAGCUUCCUUCAAAUUAGAUACAACCAGUUGGAAAGGGACAGAUAUUACUCUGCAGGGCAAGUUCCAAAUGGAAGAUUUAGUAUAUGAUCGGGAACAAGUGCCUCAUUACUACCAAAAUGCCUACCUGCACCUGCGACCCUUCUACAACACAACCCGCAGCUUCCUUGGCAUCCACCGGCUAAGUGGCCUUAUGAAAUGCGGUCAGCCCCAGGAAGUGCUGGUGGAUUAUUACAUCGAUCCUGCUGAUGCAAGCCACGACCAAGAAAUCGUCUUCUCCUACUAUUUAAUAGAGAAAGGGAGUUUGCAGAUGGAGGGGCAGAAACAGCUGAACUCUAAGAAGGAAGGACGAAAAGGCUCCUUCUCUCUCUCACUGACCUUCACUUCCCGACUAGCUCCUAAUCCUACCCUGCUGGUCUACGCCAUUUUUUCCAGCGGAGGUGUUGUAGCUGACAAAAUUCAGUUCUCAGUCGAGAUGUGCUUUGAUAAUCAGGUGGCUGUUGGCUUUUCACCUGCCCAGCAGCUUCCAGGGGCAGAUGUGGAGCUACAGCUGCAGGCAGCUCCUGGAUCCCUGUGUGCGAUCCGGGCUGUGGAUGAAAGCGUCCUGCUCCUUCGGCCAGAGAAAGAGCUGAGCAACAGCUCUGUCUAUGGGAUGUUCCCAUUCUGGUAUGGUCACUACCCCUAUCAAGUGGCUGAAUAUGAUGAGUGUCUAGUGUCUGACCAGCGGGACAUUCCUCAACCCCUCAUUGACCCGGUGCCCGAGGGGCGUUCGAGCAUGCCUUUCAUCAUGUGGAGGCCCUGGUUCUCUGAAGGCAUAGACUUUUUCAGUUUUUUCCAGACUGCGGGCCUGAAAAUACUGUCCAAUGCCAAAAUCAGGAAGCCUGUAAAUUGCAGUUACUCGUCUCCAGAAUACAGCCGUUUAAUGGGUGGAAGUGCUGAUACUCUUCGAGAGGGUUUUAGUUCACCCUCCGCCUCACUUCCUUCAGAGGGGUCUCAGGUCCGCCAGUACUUCCCGGAGACCUGGCUCUGGGAUCUGUUUCCUAUUGGUGACUCUGGGAAGGAAGUGGUCCCCGUCACAGUUCCUGAUGCCAUCACCGAGUGGAAGGCUAUGACUUUUUGCACCUCCCCGUCCAGAGGCUUCGGUCUGUCCCCCACUGUUGGACUAACUGCUUUCCAGCCGUUCUUUGUCGACCUGACUCUCCCUUACUCAGUUGUUCGUGGGGAAUCUUUUCGUCUUACUGCCACUGUCUUCAAUUAUCUAAAGAACUGUAUCAGGGUUCAGACUAAGCUGGCUGCAUCAGAUGAGUACCAGGUGAAUUCAUCGGCAGACUCUCAGGCCUCCCGUUGUCUCUGUGCAGAUGAAGCAGAAACCUACCACUGGAAUAUCACAGCCAUCAAACUGGGUUAUGUUAACUUUACCAUUAGUACUAAGAUUCUGGACAGCAAUGAACUUUGUGGGGGCCACAAGGGUUUUGUUCCCAAAAAGGGCCAGAGUGACACACUCAUCAAACCUGUUCUGGUCAAGCCCGAGGGAGUCCUUGUGGAGAAGACACACAGCUCACUGCUGUGCCCAAAAGGAAAGGUGGCUUCAGAAUCCAUCUCCCUGGAGCUCCCUGUGGAUGUUGUUCCUGACUCAGCUAAGGCUCAUGUUAUUGUGCUGGGAGACAUUAUGGGCACAGCUCUGCAGAACCUAGACAGUCUGGUACAGAUGCCCACUGGCUGUGGGGAACAGAAUAUGGUCCUUUUUGCUCCCAUCAUCUACGUCUUGCAGUACCUGGAGAAGGCAGGGCUGCUGACCGAGGACAUCAGGUCUCGGGCAGUGGGUUUCCUGGAGAUAGGGUACCAGAAGGAACUGGUGUACAAACACAGCAACGGCUCAUACAGCGCCUUUGGGGAGCAGGAUGGAAAUGGAAACACAUGGCUGACAGCCUUUGUCACAAAAUGCUUUGGACAAGCACAGAAAUUCAUCUUCAUUGAUGACAAGAACAUCCAGGAUGCUCUCAGCUGGAUGGCGGGAAACCAGCUCCCCAGUGGCUGCUAUGCCAAUGUGGGGAAGCUCCUUCAUACGGCUAUGAAGGGUGGUGUGGAUGAUGAGAUCUCCUUGACCGCAUACAUCACAGCUGCAUUGCUGGAGAUGGGAAAGACUACAGAUGACCCAAUGGUGAGUCAGGGUCUGCAAUGUCUCAGAAAUUCUGUCACCUCCACCACCGACCUCUACACACAGGCUCUAUUGGCUUACACUCUCUCCCUGGCUGGGGAAAUGGACACCAGAAAUAGUCUUCUUAAAAAGUUAGAUCAACAGGCUGUCGUCUCAGGAGAAUCCAUUCACUGGAGCCAGAAACUUACUCCAACCUCAGAUGCCAGCCCCUGGUCUGAGCCUGAGGCUCUAGAUGUGGAACUUACAUCAUAUGUAUUGUUGGCCCAGCUCAUCAACCCCAGCCUGACUCAAAAAGACAUAGCCAGGGCCACUAGCAUAGUGGCUUGGUUGGCCAAGCAACGCAAUGCAUAUGGGGGCUUCUCUUCCACUCAGGAUACUGUAGUUGCUCUCCAAGCUCUUGCCAAAUAUGCCACUACUGCCUAUGUUCCAUCUGAAGAAGUCAACCUGGCUAUAAAAUCCACUGAGAAUUUCCAGCACACUUUCAACGUACAGUCCACCAAUAGAUUGGUAUUUCAGCAGGAGACUCUGCCCAACAUCCCUGGAGUAUACACUUUGGAGGCCUCUGGCCAGGGCUGUGUGUAUGUGCAGAUGGUGUUGAGAUAUAAUAUCCUCCCUCCUAAAAACACAGAAACCUUUAGUCUUAGUGUGGAAAUGGGAAAAGCUAGAUGUGAGCAACCUACUUUACCUCGAUCCUUGCAGCUCACUAUCCACACCAGUUAUGUGGGGAGCCGCAACUCUUCCAAUAUGGCUAUUGUGGAGGUGAAGAUGCUAUCUGGGUUCAGUCCCCUGGAGGGCACCAAGCCGUUACUUCUCCAGCAACCACUAGUGAAGAAGGUUGAAUCUGGAACUGACAUACUUAACAUUUACUUGGAUGAGCUCAGUAAGGAGACUCAGACCUAUAGCUUCACCAUAAGCCAAAGUGUGCUGGUCACCAACCUGAAACCGGCAACCAUCAGAGUCUAUGACUAUUACCUCCUAGAUGAGCAGGCAACAAUUCAGUAUUCUGAUCCUUGUGAAUGACGUUAUGUCCAGCAGAGAAAAGGAUGGAUUUUGGGGGAUAUAAGCCAGAAAGGACUAACCCUCUAUGGCAUUGCUGGAGGGUAGAACAUUCUUCUGUCUCUUGCAGCAGAACUCAUUCAAUCAACUAAUUUGAUUUCUCUGACCAGUAGAUGGGAACAGAUGAGCAAGCCUGACCUUUAGUUCCUUUCUACUCCAUCUCAGUGAUCACACAAAGGAGGUGUUACCUGGGAAUGAUGAAAGGGGAAGAUAUGCAGGUUAGCUAUUUGGUUUACCCAUGCAGGGGACUCUCCAGAGAGGAGAUGGUGGUAGGAAUGAACCAGGAAAGAUAAGAAUGCCUUCUUGGAGUUUAAAUCUAAGGGAAGGUAUAAUGUAGGACUUUGGGAUUAGGCUUAAAAGAAUAAAGUUUAAAUAUACAAUCUGU